UACUUCUCUCACUAUAACUUUUUUUUUCUUUUUCAAUUUUAUUUGUGUAAAAAAAAGAAGAAACACUCGCUUCAUCUGUAUUUCUCUUUCUGCAAACAAUAGAUCAUCUGUUUACUUGAUUUUGAAAUCGUCAAUUUUUUUUAAAUCUUGCAUUAAUAUUAUUCAUCAUCGACAUUUUUUUGUGUGAGAUAAUUCUUGCGUUCUUUUUGUUGAAUCAGUUCUCUUGUAAUUCCUUGCAGGAAACUCGUCCGUACAACCAUGGCGACUCCUGCUUCUGUUUUUCCGGCGAAGAAAACUGAGCUCCCACCGAAGCGAGGGAGGAUCAAGCGAGAAAUCUUCAUCGGCUUGGCCAGGUCCAUCGCUUCCGCCGCCGCGAGAGCCAGCAGAGCCCGUGCCAGAGUCAUCGGAGAAGAUGGCGGCGGCCGCGGCGGAGCUUCCUCUGCCUGCACAACUCCGCCGACGAGCGGAUACACCUCAGAGGAGAACAACUAAUCCUCCCCUCGAAAGCUCGAAUCUGAAGAAAAUUGGUAAAAUAUUACGAAAACUGCCACCGUCUCAUCCGCCAUGGGUUUGGUCUGAGAUCCGCUUCCAAGCUCCACCGGUUCUGUCUUUUUUGAAACAGAACGAAGCUUGGUUAUAUCCGGUUUAAGUUGGUUUUUUAUUUUGGUUUGUAAGCCCGCUUUGGCUUUUGGUUUUUUUCGUGGGGGUUAAAGCGCGGGAAUAGUAACGAUGUGGAUAUUAUAAUCACUAAUCAUAUGAUUAGUGCUUGUUAUGUUAAGCAAAACCCCUCUCUCUAAUUGUUGCUUCCACGUGUUUUAGAAAGGGAAACAACGAUGUGGUCCGAGAGAGGUUCUUGUCUCUUUUUUGUUGUUGUUGGGUUUGGUUUUUCUUUGUGUGUGAUUGUUUGGUAUUGUAUUUGCAUUGUUGUAUCUUUAAAUUCGAUGCAUAAUAUAAACUAAAGUGUUUUUUAUUA